CGUUCCCCCCUCCCCCCGCUGUGGAGCUAGGUCGGGCUGAGCCGCCACCACCGCCCGCGGGUGUGCGUGCGUGCGUGCUUACGCCUUCCUCGAGCUGUUCGCGGCCGGGGGCUUCUCUGCAGCGCCGCGCUUGGAUGGCGGGGGCCGGGGCUGGGCGCGCGGCCCCGGCCCGGCGCCGGCGCUUCUGGAGCUCCCGGCGGCCCGGCCUGGUCCGCGCCCUUCCCUCGGCCAGUCUGCCCGUGCCCGGCCGUUCCGGCUCUGACCUCCUGCACGCGAGGGAGGCUGCCGGCACUUUCGGAAGUUACUCAGGAAACCUGAUUUAAAAAAAAAAAAAAAGCCUCUUACUUUGGUUUCCAUGGAAGGCGGCUGCUGCAGUUGGGAAAAACGGCCUUGAAAUAAUGUUACGAGCCUUGGUGACUGCUACAGAGCGCUCGGUGGCUCCGCUUCAGUCUUCAUGCAGAGACUCUUGCGCCGGGCACCGGACAGGAGGCACCUGGGGGACACCGAAGGCUCUCGGGUCCGUCCUCCUUCACGAGCACCUCUUCCCUUUGCUGCUUCUCCUUUUUCUGCCUCUUUGCCCCAUGGUUUUGCUAAGGUUUUUGCAUCGUGGUCUGUUGGUUUUGGCUGGCAAACAGGAAAAAAUGUUCCCUGGAGGCUAUUGACCUCAGACUUUCCAAAGACCUACUUUACUCGACCUGGAAUGGCCAGUCAACAAGCAGAAGUUCAGAGCUUGAAACUAAGUAAUGAUUCAAUUAUAGAAGGAGUAAGUGACCAGGUGCUGGUGGCAGUAGUACUCAGUUUCUCUUUCAUUGCUGCUCUGGUGUAUAUGCUUUUAAGAAAUGAACAUCAGAACAUUCACCCGGAAAACCAGGAACUAGUGCGAGCACUCCGGCAGCAGCUUCAAACAGAACAGGAUGAAUCUGCUGGUGAUAGACAUCAUUUCUACACUGACAUGUCCUGUCCAGUCUGUUUACAGCAAGCUACUUUUCCCAUUGAAACAAACUGUGGGCAUCUUUUCUGUGGUGCCUGCAUUAUUGCUUACUGGAGGUAUGGCUCAUGGCUGGGUGCUAUUCGCUGCCCAAUCUGCAGACAAACGGUAAUGCUUUCUGUAAUAAAAAAUCCAAUAAUUCUAACUCCAGUGAUAGGCCCUGAUCCUGCAAACAUACAUUCAUAUGCAAAGGGACAGAGGCAGGAUAUUGAAUGGGAGGAAGAAAAGACAUAUGGAGCUGAGUUGAAGGUGACAUUAUUUUUGCCACUCUUUGGUGAGGAUCAACCAGAUGCAGCCCAGGUGCUUCAAGAUGUUAGUGAUUACAACCGGAGAUUCUCAGGGCAGCCGAGAUCUAUUAUGGAAAGAAUUAUGGAUUUGCCCACCUUACUGCGUCAUGCUUUCAGAGAGAUGUUUUCUGUUGGAGGCCUCUUCUGGAUGUUUCGUAUCAGAAUAUUCCUCUGUCUGCUAGGAGCUUUGCUGUAUCUGGCUUCACCUCUGGAUUUUCUACCUGAAGCCCUAUUUGGAAUUCUGGGGUUUUUGGAUGAUUUCUUUGUCAUCUUUCUGCUGCUGAUAUACAUCUCCAUCAUGUAUCGGGAAGUGGUGACACAGCGACUGAACAGGUGAAAGGAAUGGAAAUGGCCAGGAUGCUGAAGCUUGCAUGAAAUGUUGGACAAAGGGAACCAUGGCACAAGUAUGAUAAUAAAGCACCUAUAUACAUUUUAUUUUUUUUUACAGUUACAUCACUUUUACUCAGUCUGCUUAUGCAAAUGUAAAGGGUUAAAACUUAGCAAUGGUUGCCUGGAAUCUUUAGUUUGUGUAUUACAUACUCUUAGACAAUGAUGAGGUGAGCUAUAUGAUAUAAUACAUUACCUACAUCUUCUUGCACUUGAUGAGCAAUUGUAUGUAAUGCAAGAGCAUACACAGGUAUAAAACACAUCUUCAGAUCUAUGCUUUGUGAAAAGAAAGUUCUAGCAAAGCGGUGGCAUGACUGUUAAGAAAACAAAGUAUUUGGAUUAACUUGAUGUAUUAGGACACAGUGUUCAGGUUAGCAAAUUGCUUCAUGUCUCACUGUGGUGGGUAAAACACUUUUUAAAGAAAAACAGUUUGGCAUCUCUCUCUGCAAAAAGAAACCUAAAGAUAGCAGCAUUACAGUGAAUUUUUCUGCUGUUCAGUAUUCCUAUUAAACAAAUAUUAGGAACAAAUCAGUAUUGCUUAACUGCUGUGUACAAUCACAAGCAGUUCUUACAAUUUUACAUUUCUGUUCUGGAAUAAAUGCUUUCCAUUAAAGUAAAAUAAAGGAGUAAUCAUGACUGUUAUGCAUUCCAGUUAGAUAAUACUGUGGUUUGAAAGAAGCACAUUUUUCACUUAGGUCUUGUCUACUUCAAGGGUAUUUAUUUGAAUGUGAGGUACAUCACACUAUUGUAAAUUCUCCUUUAUAUUGGCUCAGUUUAUCUAAACUGAGAGUUUACAGCAAUGCAACUACAUCUGAGUAGCUGACCAGUCCAAAAACACUUACGGUGCCUUUACACGUGCUCUGGGGUGGGGUUAACUGGAGCAGUUCUCAGGAGCUGCUCUAAUUAAAAUAUCUGCAGUGUCUCAUAUUCAGUGUCCCAUGCAUCAAAAUGGCGGUGGGGGUGCUUUACCUAAAACCUGUUGUACGAGCUUUAGUUAAAGUGCCCCCGCCACCAUUUUGAAACGUGCGGAUGCUAAAUACAUGCGACACAGAGGCUACUGGAGCAUUUUAAUUAGAUUGAGCAGAGUCGAUUAAUCGAGUCCACUCCGAUGCACGAACGUCAGAGCAGGCAUCGGGUACGUGUAUAGGUGCCCUUAGACACUGGAUUCUGUUUUUGCUCAAAAGUUUCCCUGAAUUAGGGAUGCUAUGGGGAUGAGAAUAUUAAGAUGAAACACAAUAUUAUUUGACAAAUUUAAACACACAACUUGAAAAACAGUCCAGUUACCUGGGGCCAUAGAAAUCUGCUGGAAAUGUCAAAACAGUAGGAUUUUUUUGGUAAGAGUUUUACUCUCAGAUAUCAUAAGCUAUAGAGUUGAAAAUAAAAUAACUUCCACUAAAGAAUUAACAAUGUCACAAGCUAUUCUGUUGGUGUUAAGUACUUUUUAGAUAAAAGAACGAUAACUAUUUUUAAAGCCAAAAGCAAAUAUUCUAACUUCCUGAAUACUUGAAAAGAAAAAUAAUAGAAAUAGCUGACCCUCUGCCCAUUUACAUGACAUGAGCUGGGACAUGCUUUUUAAAGGGAUUUUAGUACGGUUACCAUUUCUUGUGCGCACAAACAUACACUUUAGUACUCCUACAUGGAUGAGGAUGGUAAAAUUCACAUAUCUUUUAGAUACAGCAUGCUGCUGAUUCUGUCACUUUUGCACUGGUGCUUAAGAAGUGCAUGCACUGAUUUUACUUUUACAAGUAUAAAGUCUUUUUGAAAAUUUACUGUUGAAUAUCCAGAGCUAUGUUGUUGUUAACCUGGAUCAUUGAACUUUUCUUCAUACCUGUCCUAUAUUUGAGAUUGGGGGGGGGGGGGGAAGAGAAAGUGGAGGAGAUUGAAAAUAGAAUUUUAAAACAAAACAGGACUUUUCAUUAAGUGAAUUCUCUAGCUUUGGCUACUUUCUGUUGUUCUUUAACUCCUUACUUCAGCUUUUCCCUUCAUUUUUGUCAUCAACCAAUAUACAGUGAAAACGUAUUGGCUACCUCAAUUAGAUAUCAGUAUGCUAUUGUUCUUUGAAUCCUACUUAAAGCUGGGGAACACAAAACUUCCUUGCAUAUGCACUAAGGUGUCACAGCAAGGUGGUAUUCUGGAGUGUUGGGGGUGUAGGUCUGUGCAGUGCUGCUGUGGAAAUGUCUCUCUUUAAAGAGGUCUGUCUAGUGGCAAAUCCAAGCAGUGGCUGAAGGGCAGGGAAACUUAGCCUCCUUUGUCUUAUGGUGUUUGACCCUCCCCUUAACUUGCUUAGAGCACAGCAUAGACUACUGGUUAUAACCAGUGGAGCCCUCUCUUAGACUUGAUACCUUGUUUUUUAUGCUUUUGUCCAUGCCCCUCUUUACUCUCAGAAUGCCCUUCCUUAGCUGAUCUGCAAGCCUCUCACUGACUCUGUCAUGUCCCUUCUUCCACCCUCUUCUGUCACAAUACCUAUGCAAAAUUAGUCAACUAAGGAGGCUGUUCCCAAAGCAACGCUUUCUGCACUUGAGCACAAGCCAUCACUGAGUAACUGCCUUAAUCUGGCUGAUGUUAUUCUGUUUCCUCCUCCGCCCUUUCCUUUCUUGGCAGCAGUGGGUCAUCUCAUCUUUCUGAUCAGGAGGCACUCAGUACACCAUUGGGUACCGAUAGGAAUAAUAUAGUCUUCAGUUCAGCAAAGCGUAUGAGCAUUAAUACUAGCUGAAUCAGGACCACUCAUCCAUCCUGUGGACCCUGGGCUCUUUGGUAUUCUGCACCCACCACAUACUAUGAAACUAAUAAUAUAGUGCAACUAAGUCACCAGCAAUAGCGGCUUAAGGAGACAGGUGCUGCACUAUGUCAGCUGAUACAAGAGUUAAAGAUACUGACUGCUGAAUCUGCUUUUUCACUUUGCCCCCACUCUCUCUCUGCUCCUCAUCACUGUCACUUGCAUGCUUGUCUAGACAUCUUCUUUUGUCCUAGAGAAAAUUCUUCACCAAUCACUACCUUAUUUCACUGGAACCUGUCUCCAUUGUUUGAACGUGUAUGUGUAGAGACAGGAGUCCUUUUUAUGUAUUCAUCGCUAUGGUAUCUGACCACCAAUAUGGAUGUCUAUCUAAGUCUUAGCAGUAAAUGUCAAUUCCAGUUACAGGACAAUGUUCAAUGGUCCUUUCAGAACAGCUGCCAAUAGCCCAUCAUGAGAUUGGAGGCUUUUGGGUUUUGUUUGGUUUUUUUUGAAGGAUUGCAGUGGCCUUUACACCCAAAGGAUAGGUCUGUUCUGCAGUCAAGACAAUACUGCAGGUCAUGAAGACCUACCCCAGCUAGCUGUGGCACUUUGUGUAGUGUAGCUCUUGCAGCACAGUAUAGGCUGCUAAGCGUUUUGGAGAAGCUGAGCAGUUUCACUGAGCUUUUAGCUACUGGAACACACUGCAAGCAGCACUCAUUUAAAACUAGCCAGGGUAUACAAGCUGCAGACACACCUUUGGCAUACCCUAGAAAAUGAUGCACUGUCAGGUUGUUCAUUGGGAUUUUCUCCCCUAUUCUCAAGCCAUGUUGAAAAAACUCAAACAGUAGCACCUAAGGAUUAAGAGAAAAAAAUUACAAGUUGUGAAAGGUUGUCACCUCCUCCCUGUAAGCUGUGACCGUGUCAUAAGACCAUGAACAAGGGAGAAACCAUAACAAUACUUCCUAGCUCCCAUGGAAUAUCCUGCAGUAUCCUACGGCCUCACCAUGACCCUUAUUACAAAUGCUAUAUAGAAUGAUCUGUUUCUGGGCUGGUUGUGACCUGUAGCAUCAAUGUCAGUUUAUAGUGAGAGGCAGGCUGCUGGAUGUUGCAGGGAGAAAAUAGCUACAGGUCCCAUAACAGCUGUUCAGGGCUAUGGUCUACAUUCAACAUUAGAUCCUCUAAGAACUCUAAGAUGCCUGCUCUUUUUACUGACAAUAAAUCACUGUUAAAAUAA